AGGAAAUAUUGCACAACCUACAGCUCAGCCUUGAGGAAGCACUAGUUAAACUAAUCAACAAGCUGUGAUAAAGAAUAUAACGGAACUUAUUAGCAGGGUCGCUUGAUUUGAAUCACGUUGUCUGCCGGUGGGCGGAGUGGUAGGGAGAAUGGCAGGCCUGUGGAGAUCCUACCAGGCCUUGAUGACCAAAUACCCCUGGAGAGUGCAGAUAGUGACUGCAGGGUCUUUAGUGGGUGUUGGUGACGUCGUAUCCCAGCAGCUGAUUGAGAGACGAGGACUGGCUCAACACAAUGUGCAGCGGACAGCCAAGAUGAUGAGCAUUGGUUUCUUUUUUGUGGGUCCGGUGAUCGGGAGCUGGUACAAAGUUCUGGACAGACUGGUUGUUGGAGGAACUAAAAGUGCCGCUAUGAAGAAAAUGCUGAUCGAUCAGUUGUGUUUUGCUCCGUGCUUCCUGGGAGCUUUCCUCUGUAUCUCUGGAGCUCUGAACGGACUGACGGUGGAGGAAAAUGUCACCAAGCUCAAGAGGGACUACACAGAUGCCCUGAUCGCAAAUUACUACCUUUGGCCUCCAGUCCAGAUCGCCAACUUCUACUUCAUUCCACUUCACCACAGGUUGGCCGUCGUUCAGAUCGUUGCUGUUGCCUGGAACUCCUACCUGACCUGGAAGGCCAAUAAGAUGUGAAGGAUGAUCACGUGUCCUGUUCUGUUGUUGUUUAUGAUGAUGAUUUUUGUGCGUGCGUGCGUGCGUGCGUGCGUGUCUGUCUCAUGGGUCGUUCUGGUUGAACUUAAGGCUACUUCAUCGUCUGAUAUUUCCAACGUGUAAAACUGAGACUGAGUCACUGAUGAAGGUCAGGAGAAAGUGCUCGUCUACUCUGAAUGACAAAUUCACACUUGAAAGUCAAACUUGCAUUUGCAGAAAUGUCUGUGAAAGUUUGUUAUUUAUGGAAAUGGGAUUUGGCAGUGAUGCAGCCACACACACACACACACACACUCACACACACACACACACACUCUCACACUCACACACAAUAACACUGACUGGUUGAAAGGAAACUUGUAUUCUCUUUACUCUGUCUUUAAUCACUUGAAGUAAUUGGGAUAGUUUGGAUAGUCAAUAGCAUCAUGUUUUGUUUUAUGAUGAAGGAAAAUUGAUCAGUGAUUUUCUGUAGCUAUGUCCAAGAAUUUCUAAUAAUGUUUUAUAGUUUACACAUUGUUUACCCACUUUCUCUGCAUUUGACUCAACUGUAAUUUUGCUUCAGUUACUGCUUUCUAACAUUUCCCAAAAUACCUCCAACAUUUUUUUUAUUUCUGUUUUCAUACCCCCAUCUCCACUUGUUUUGUCUUUGGUACUGACAUAAUGACAACCUGACACUAAAGGUACAGUCCAACAUUUUUGAAAAUCUACUUAUUCAUUUUCCUGCUGAAAGUUAGAAGAUACCGCUCUCAUGUCUGAAUGGUAAAUAUAAGGCUACAGCCAGAAGCCGGUUAGCUUAGUUUAGCUUAGCAUAAAGAGUGGGGGGAAAAAGGGGGUGAGGGGACCAGCUAGCUAGAAACACCAUCACCUCCAAAGCUCAACAGGGCUGUUGCUUCCUAUAGGGAACAAACAUGAGUGGUAUCGAUCUUCUCAUCUAAGGAAGAAAAUAGAUUUCCCAAAAUGUAAAAUGACUCAAGUGUUUUUGAAUUAUUAUCUGUAGCUGCUUAAACUUCAUCACCAAACAACAAAAUAAAUCCAGGAAUCCAUUAGUGCACUGACAAUCCCUGUUGAAGUGUGGAUGCUCCUGCACCGUGUACCUUUUUGAUAACAAAAAAAUUAUAGAGUUCCACAUGAGGUGGUGUCAAUGGCGUGUUUGACCUCACUAACUUUUGUAGCCAACUUAGCUUUGGACGGGUGGGGUUUGUUUGGAGAGAGAUGUGGAGGCUGCUGAGCUGGGCUGUCAACCAAAUUAACUGCACACAUUUUUUUUUUCCCCACACAAACACACUUGGGCUAUAUCAGGGAAAAGCAAGCGGAAACGUCUGACGAAUCCACUGAAGAUCCGCCAAAUAGCCUCUUUCCCCCUGGGGGAUGUGAUGAUAUGAGCCUCUCCCCAGAAAGCUGGAAUUCAGUUUUUGAUUCAGCACCCGAGGCUCACUGUGUUGUAAUGUAAGCCAAGGUAAUUAAAAGGAGAUGCACUUAACUGGCUUGUAAAGGCUCUAACCUGAACAUGAAGCAUGAUGCAGCUGACAUCAGUGUUUUACAUGUUCAGUGUUCAGGUGGGGGUCAUUACAGACAGACUCUAAACUUAGUGGGUUUAAAUGAUCUUUCUGAACGUUUUUGGUGAGAAUCUGUUUGUGCUGAUGUAUUGUUUUCCAAUGUGUACGUGCUAAUAUGCAAACUGUUUUUUUAAAAAGUCAUAAAUGUUCGUUUUUUUCCCUCUGAAA